AUGCCGAACUGUUCCGUGGCCUCGGUACACUCCGAGAUGACCCGGACGUCUCUCAUUGGUUCGCGGCACGCGGCAAGCCGCCGAAAAUGGCUCCUCGACCCAUCCUCUGCGCGGCAAACCAAACGGCUUCCGCGGCAGGUUUCGCGGCGCGCCGCCGGCGGCGUGCCGCGCUCGUUUCGACGCCAGUGUGUCCGUACCUUAAGAGGCCGCGUCCUGCAGCUUGUUGGGGGUGACUGCACAAGAGGCCUCGGAGAGCCCUUUUUCGUGUCGAGCAGCUCGGAGGCCAGCGAAACACCAUCCGCGGCGCUGGAGACCACAGCCGAAGAGCCGCAGCCGGGCCCCAGUGCGACAACAGGGAGGCGUCAUUCGGCAAGACCCGCCCGGCCACGAAGGUCAAGGCCCAGCGAGGCAGCUGGCGCAUGGAGCAGGAGACCGAGGUCCGAGGGCGAGCUGCUCGAGCAGGCAGUGCUGGAUGGUGCGCGAACUGUGCAUGUUGCGCAAAGCCAAGCCACCAUCCAGCGCGAAUUGCUUGCGGAGUCGAGAAAGCAAACUGCCGCGAUGGAGAGGGUCGCCGACUCCUUGGAAAGACUGGGCAACGUCAUGGGGCGGCAGGGAAGCCAACUGCAACUGCUCCAGGAGCAGUUAGCCCCAUUGAGCACGCUCGCUGCAGCAUUGACAGUUUUCCUGCGGCAACAGAACCUGCCGCAGGGGGACCAGCCGCAGCAGCCCCAGUAAUUUUUUUCCCGUUCAUUCCUCCUGUGUCAGCAGGACCUGACACAGGAGGCCAUUUAUUCGUAAUUUAUAAUUAUUGUUAGCAAUCAAUCGCAGCACUUUAUGUAUUUAUUCAUUGCUCAUAGUUUUUUUUUCGUUUCGUGUUACAUGUUCCUUGUUGAUUGCUUGCGUGUUCGUUCGUUCAUGUAUCACAUCGAAUAGGGCUGUACUGUUUGUAUUGUUGGAAACAUACGUUAGUGUUGGCUCUUUAUUAUAAAGUGCUUGGAUGAACCUUUUCGCUGCACAACAGCGGUGUGUGUACACAGCAGUGCAACAUAUAAAACCGAUGAUGCCCUGACCAAACACAAAUGCACUUGUCGAAACGUUGGCUUCCGCUUUCAACAUGUGUGUACUGGAAAAGGACGAGGCCACUUGCCAAAAUGUUGCCUCCUGUGCUCACCUUGUUCUCAUUAUGCUCAUUGAAAUGAAUGUCCAUGUCUCGCGCUCACCCUGUUUUUGUCAUGUUAGUGUGAGAGCAUUACGAGAUUUCCGUAUAGGGGUAUGCAGAUUCGUAAUGAAUUGUAAAUGCACAGACACGGGCCAUAUUCGCAGCAAAGAUGGUCUGCGAAGUGUCAUGCCAUGUAACGCUUCGUUCAUUGCGUGUGCACAUUUUUUGUGGAGGCACAGCAGUGGAAAAGUUUUGUGCUGCAGGAACAUGUCUUUCGUACCGUGCGCAACGUUUGGUGUGUUUUUUUUUCAAUUUACACACUGCUCAAUGACAUUGCAUUACUGCACAACAAGAGCGUGUUAUUGCUCAGCCGUCGGUAUGACUGCAAUGUUUGUAUCGCUGGUAGACGUUGUUCUGCAGUGCGCCGCAGAAAUGCAAUUAUUUCUUUGUGAAUGGAAUCAGCCUUCGCCUUACAUGCAUGUGUGUAUAGCAUCUGCGCGGGACGCCUUGGAGGACUUCGUUGUACUUUGUAAUUAUUUCGUGAAAUUUGCAUCCAUUAGCGCCCACUAUUACAUACUGUACAUAUCGGUUUUAAACCUUGCAUUUCUUAUUACCACUAUGCAUCAAUGGGAACCACGGUGCCUAUACUUGUGCAGCAGUGAACAUGUAUGCACACAUAUUCACAUGUCGCAGGAGCUAGCAAUUUUGCUUUGGCAACAUUUUGAAGUGAGACGUUCGCUUACUACGUAAGUACACAGAUGCAUGCAAGCAGUGGGGGUGGCAGGAUAAAAGCAGCAUAAUGCCACCUUGAUUGGCCCCACCUCCCCGUGAACAGCACGGCGAGGUGGGAGCAGUCAUACAUCAUCUCCUUUGUGCGUUUCGCGUGACCGGUGGACGUUUCGGGUUGCAUUAAGGACGUGUUUGCGUCUUGUUUUGCAAUGACCGACAAACAUCAAAAUUUCCUUAUCUGUCCUGCUUGGACAGCUGUAUCCCGUUGCAUGCACGUAUUCAGGGAGCGCCAUGUCCAUGUGUGUUUACAUGAAGCUGCACCACCUCUGAACAUGUUUAUGAUUGCUCUCCGUUAACACAGACUAAUGAGGUUUCAUUGGCAAUGUCAUGCAUCUUGACCAUUGUGUCCCGCUCGCACAACACCUAACAUCAUUAAACGUUAACCUUGUGUGAUCCAUAUGCAUCGACACUGUACGGUUUUGCAAUGAACGGGUGGUGGUCUCCGUUGCCAAGCAACGGUAACUGCAUAUCAGAUGAACUGAUGUCGAUAGCUGUGUACAUCUCUCUCAGCUUCUUCAAGCAGGUCUAUUAUGGCUAAAUGUAUAAUGCGUAUGUGCAAUUGUGUUUUAGUUUUGUGAAGCGUUUCCUCAACAGCCGAGUUAGUGAGUUUGUGAGCACUGAAAUCAUUACCAGAGCGUUCCCUAUGUGCACAAGUCCGUGUAACGUGUGCCAAGCCAUUGUCCAAUAUGAAUUGUUGGUCAUGCAGACAAUGCAAGGCAUGAUUUGGGAUUAUUGUGGGUGCAUUGCGAACGCAGCCCGUACGAUGCAGGGUGCAUACACAUCGAUGUGGUGAACUGUUUUGUUCGAAAUGUGCCUUAUUCCUCGAUCAUUUGAAGUAGUGCAUAUUGAGGUAGCGUGCUUACUGUGACAAUGUAGUGAACGACAACUCAUGACUCGAUUUGGUUAAGCAUUUGUACUCGAGUAAACACAUGUGCCCGAAGGAGAUGCUGCAAACAGAACUAAACUUAGAUCAUUUGAACACUGCAGCACAUGAAUACGUGCGGGAGGCAAGGGUAAUUUAUUGUGAUCGUGUAGGUAUCAGCAGAACGACUAACAGUUCUACAUAUGCGUGCAUGCACAGGCCAUAAUAAAGAAGCAAUAACGUAAAAGUCGCACCACAAGCAGACAACACUUGCAACACGCAUGAGUAUAAGGGCAGAACACACGGCACUCCAGCAAACAGCACAGAAAACAACAAAAUCAGAAAAACACAAUGUCUUGGCAUUAUCCUGAAUUUGACACUGCUCAGCAGUGCAUCGAUCCUCAGCUUACCUGCGUGGCUUUACCACACGACAGAUAUAAUUAUGCGCCACUGGUGGAAGCGUACUAAAUGAAUAUAAUGAAUAGAAAUGCCACAGUCCCAAGCAAAAUAUAUGUGAACACAGAGAGACACUGCACGUAUGAUAUUGAAUUAUAUCAAGGUGAAAGUGACAUUCUGCGAGACAGCACGCAGCAUAGCCGGUACGAAAUACAAUGUGGCCAUUCGGAGUGUGCGAACCCCAUUAAUGACAAAGGUGUUACGAGAAAUGCGGAAUCUUGCACACUGGGGGGCGAAAAUGCGAAGUGUGUUACGUUGCUGAACACUUGUAAACGGAAGGCAUUUACUUGGGUCAAUGGUUAACAUUCCACAUCAUUGCCACUCGAAUGUGCCGAAUGACGUGCGACUGUUUACAGGCUAUGCUGUAACUGCAGUGUGUAGCUGUGACAUCAAAGGAAUGCCUUUCGGCUUUUUAUGUGAUGGGUAAGCUAGGUAUUUGAGAACACUUACACCUAUAGCCGCAGACCGCUGCAUGCUCAUAAAAACUAUGUAUGCAUGUGGCAAUUAGUUGGUUGACCACCUAUCAAGGAAAAGGCGGACACUGCUCAGAAAUGGAAGUGUACAGAGUUUGACGCAGAAAACGAAACGCCAUGCAGUCCUCACCGUGGCUGCAUACCACAGCAACUUGGAAAUUGUUAACUUCCUGAAUGGAGCGAAGUCUCGCUUGGAAGAUUCGGACAGAAGUGUGUGCCAUUGCAGUGGCGUGGCAUUUGUGGCUAAAAGGAGAAGCACAGAGAGUGGUCAGACCCUGCCAGAACCCCGGAUUUCCUCUGGCGACUGCAAGUCUUCGCGAGUGACCACCCAGGGAAGUUGAUGCAAGACACUGCAAAGGAACUACAGGUGGCACAGUCGACUGCCAGGCUCGCUGUGCACGACAGCAUGCGGUACCAUUUAUAUGUGAUGACGAGGGGGCAACUUACGUCCAGUAAGACUCGGGAGGGUCACCUACUCGGCUGUGUUCCUAGCGAUUGCUGAUCAAGCUGGAGAGGCCCGAGGAGCCACAAAUGCUGCAGUAUUUAUUUUCCGAUGAAAAGAACUUUGAGCACGACCGAAAACUUUCCUGCCGUAAUGGCAGGUCGCUUUGUGCAAGUUCCAAUGAGUUAGCUGCAGUGUUUUAAACGAAAUUUCCAUCGUGAGCAACAACGGUAACACCAUGCCGGCACGCUGAUUUGCAGAAGGUGUCCGCGUUAACGCUGCCGCGUACAUAGAGGUGCUCAUCACUGCAACGCCCUGGACAGAGACUGUUUCUAGAGGAAAAUGUUACGACGGUCAGCAACACCAAGCCCUCGCUCACACCGCCUGCAUUACACAGGAGUGGUUUUCUGACAGCUUCCAUGACCCCGUCAUUCCCAACUUGAGGCCUCCUACCUAUCCAAAUUUAUAUCCACUUGUCUAGCUCAUCUGAGGCGGCAUUGCGAGCGGUGCCAAGAAACAGCCAAAUAAUACGAAACACUCGCUGAAGGCUGCCAUAGCUGCGUGAAUGCGAACAUUUGUAAUGGCCCCUGAACCCCUUCACGCUGCCUCGUGCGCAGCUGAAUGUGUCGUUGCUGAGGACGCUGAAUCCACUGAGCAAUUGUGGGAAUAAAGCAUUACGGAAGUAUCGCCCACAGUUUCGUUACAAAAAUCUGUGUUUUGCUAUAGAUGCUCUCCUGUGCGGGAAGGCAACAGUGUGCUCUCAAAUACCUCGCGAACCCGGUACAUGUACAUGCUGUUGAAAACGCUGCAUACUUGUAAAGGUGCAUGCGCGGAAGGGUGGAACAAUUGGGGAAAAUAGGAUGUUUUCAGAGGAUAACAAUCAUAUGUUUUCAGGUACUGCUUGUAAAAUUAGCAAAUUGUGAAGACUGCAAUGUUGUGCAUCACGUGCGUGCAGCAAAUGUGAAUGUGUAGAGCAUGCAACACUACAACAGGGUAUUUGCACAUUGCUUGUAAUUGGUGUUGUCCGAUCUGACAGACUGAAAAUGGAUAACAAAGUGCUAUGGCCAUUGUAGUAUAUUAGUUUCAGUUUCUGUUUGCCCUUACACGCCGCCAGUGGCGCCAGUGUUUCCACCUGUAUAUAUACAUGCCUCUGAAUAAAGAGGGCUAGUUCCGUU